CUCAGUGAAAAGACACGGUGAAGAGUUCAGGUCAGCUGAUGACCAGAUGAUGUUAUACAAGCAGAUUUUCCCAGCACGUCACACACGCUUGUCUGAAUGUGUCCAGUAACACCAGUCAUCCAUCCAGGAGUACCUCCAAAGUCGAAAAGCUCAAAGCUACUGUACAGUGAGCCUGCAUUUCUCUUUGCAGCUCUGAAACAAAGUCACAGACGCUGUGAAGGAGGCUGAUGACGCAUAGCUGUUAUAAGUGGAAGUCGAGCUCGGAAGACGCAUCCAUUUCAGUCACGGGGGUGUUGAUGUGUACAGCGCGUCUCAGAGCAGCACUUCUGCGCCAUGAACGAGCGGGAUAUCACCGCUUUCACACUUCUACCGACGACCACCGAGCAGAAAGAGCCCAAACACAACUCUCUGCAAAAACUUUACUGCAGGAAUGGAGGAUACCAUCUCCGGAUCCAACCUAACGGGACUGUGGACGCGAGUCGACAAGAGAACGACGUUUACACUCUUUUAAAGGUAAAAGCAGUGAAAGCAGGAUUAGUGGCCAUUAGGGGUCAUGAGACUGGACUAUACCUGGCAAUGGACAAAUAUGGAAAACUUUACGGCACUGUCAUGUUGAACGAUGAGUGUUACUUCAUUGAGAAGAUGGAGGAGAACCACUACAACACAUACCGCUCACAGAGGUAUCAGGAGAGCGGAGACUGGUACGUGGGCAUCAGAAAGAAUGGAUGGGCGAAAAACGGCUCUAAAACACACAAGGGCCAAAAUGCAAUCUACUUCCUGCCAAUUCCAGUGGAUGGCAGCAUACAGUAACCUGUGUGUUGAUCAGAGGCCCUUAAAUCUCUCUAAAAAACCUGUAAACUCUGAAUGCAAAGACAAUGCUUAAUUAGCCAUUAUAUAUAUAUAUAUAUAUAUAUAU